CCCAGUCUGUCGCCAAGGUGCCGCGGCCCGGGUAGGAGGAAGUGGCCGCUUUGGCCGUGCGUUGUUUCUGCAGCCGGCGGGAAGCCAACGCGUUCUCGAAAGCUGAAGGCUCCAGCGACUCCUCUUACCAGCGUCAUGGCAGUCCCAGGUUGCAACAAGGACAGUGUUAGAGCAGGCUGUAAAAAAUGUGGUUACCCUGGUCACCUGACUUUUGAAUGCCGUAAUUUUCUCCGAGUAGAUCCCAAAAGGGACAUAGUUUUGGAUGUCAGCAGUACAAGUAGUGAAGAUACUGAUGAAGAAAAUGAAGAACUGAAUAAAUUGCAAGCAUUACAGGAAAAAAGAGUAAAUGAAGAAGAGGAGAAGAAAAAAGAAAAAACCAAAGAGAAAAUCAAAUUGAAAAAAAAAAGGAAAAGGUCUUAUUCAUCCAGUUCCACUGAACAAGACACUUCAAAACAGAAGAAACAAAAAUAUCAGAAGAAAGAAAAGAAAAAAGAAAAAAAGAAUAAAUCCAAAAAAGGGAAACAUCACAAAAAGGAGAAAAAGAAGAGGAAAAAGGAAAAGCAUUCUUCAAAUAGUUCUGAAUUCUCCAAAAAGUAACUAAGACUUUGGCCUGAUCCAUUAAAUUCAAAAAUUUAUUUUAAAAAA